AUGGAGGCCAAGCCGGCAGUCAUGCUUUCACCGCUAUUCGACCCGCGGCUUAUGUGCAAGUUCAAAGAAUCGCUGGCGUACCUCAUGAGCGCACGACAGUCAAUAGAGCAACACAAGGACCUGAUCUUCGCUGGAGAUCUCCGCGACCUUGUCUAUGAUUUUGCCGACGUGGUACGAGACCUUGACGAGCCUGUCUCUGCGGAACAAUAUCUGCGCAAAGAAACCGGGUGGCAGGACUCGAAUCGGCAGGGGUUUGAUUUGGACCAAAAAUGA